UAUUUAAGGUUUCUGGUGGAGGAUGGAUUUAAAAUAUCUCCAUGUCUCUGCUACAACUUGGUGGCUGGUGAUCACCAAGAAUAACUGGGCUCAUCGUGGGACUGGCCUGAACCAGCCAGAUUCCCACGACCCCUCCUCUACACGCACGCACGCACAAACACACACACACACACACACAAAUCAAAACACAACUGCAGAGGCGCGCAAGCAGUGAGGACACAGAGGCAGAGCGGCUUUGCACCACUUUUAGUAAGACUGUUUUUACUAAAAAAGCUUCAUUUCAGGAUCCGCAGCGCCUUCUUUUGCGCUGCACACUGGCUGACACAGUAAAGAAAAGGAUGAAAAACGUCUUAAUGUGAAAAGGAAUACUGCAAAAUUCGGGAUUUAACACACGGAGGAGUGGGAGGAAUAACGCAACUCAUGGUUAUUUAUUUUGAUGAUGCCGAGGAGCCAGUUUCUGCUUCGGAUUUACGUCCUAAAACAAGUCUGAAGCCAGAGGAUGACAGCAGCCAGUCCUGUCUGCAGCCCCGCCUCCUCCCACUCUUCCCAGCCAUCACCUGUUUGCCUCCCAGCAUGCCAGAGACACCUGAUGAAAGGCAAAUCCCUCCAGACCAAACUGCCCUUGCGCUCUGCCCCAGGUGUGUGGCUCCUGCUGGGUGCCAUGGUGGUUUUGGUGGGGAUGGCUGUUGCGGUGGCAGGCUACGUAUCCGCAGCACCGAAGCCCGUCAGCGUCAGUCGAGGCAGCACCCACAUUGAGCGGAUGAAACUGGCUGGCCCCGUGAUCAUGGGAGUGGGCCUGUUCAUCUUCAUCUGCGCUGCCACACUACUGUACGAGAACCGGGAUCUGGAAGUCCUCAGACGAGAGUCACCUGAUGAUCUUGAGGAUCUGAAGGGAGGAGACGGCUGGGAGGAUUUGCAGGAGCAGCCCAGCUUCAGCUGUCAGGAGCAGUGGGAGUGCAAAGAUGGAGAGCAGGGAUCUUGGAGCGCUUCGACCCACACACUCCCCCCUUCAAACCAGAACUGUGGACCUCCUCUUAACCCACCUCACAGGAACACACACAACACUGGCAGCAGGCAGUCACCGCCGCCUCCUUCAGAUGCAGGAGGUGGAGAUAGGGAGGAGGUGGAGGAGCAGGAGAAGGAGGGAAGAUCCACUCUGUUGGCCCGAGUUCUGCACCACAGGGAACCAACUCCUCACCCUCCCUCCCCAUCCAUCUCCCACUCCUCUGUCUACUCAGACUCUUGCAACUCCAGUGAAAUCAACUUCAACAUACGGACAGGCUUUCCUCAACACUGAACCCCCCCUCCCCCCCAACUGGUUCAACUUCUACUGUAUCAUAAAAUAUGCAUGAGAUUCAUUUGGAAGUUUCACGUGCAGACACACUAGGACAAGACUAUGCAUUCCUCAAUGAACUGAUGAAAUGUUUGUCGGUAUGUUUUAGUGCCUCCGAGUGGCGCAGUGGCUCUGAGUCACUGUCUGUGAAGGGUGUUUUGUCCUACAUCGUUCUCUGACUCACCCACAUUUGAAAGAUUGAAGCUAUGCUGUUUGAUGUCAACUCGCCAUCUUGUUGUCUUUGAACUAACCCAUGCCCCAAAAACCCUAAAGCCACUGCUUGUUUGACCAUAUUUGGACGUGAGAAGGAUUGUUGAAAACUUAUUUGGGUGCAGUACUGGCAGAUGGACUCACUCCCUCUCCCUCUCCACACACACACACACACACACACACAUGCAGUGGUACAACGUCUUCACUUCUUUGCUGGAGAGGUUUGUGUUAAGUGGAUGAGCCAGAUUAGGUUUUAAUUGAGUCUUUAUCUAAUCUCACACAUACUGUAAUCUACUCUUUAUCUGAGGAAAUUGCGUCUCGGUAUAAACAGGAGAAACACACAGGGCCACACUCUUUCUCGACACCUACAUCCACGCUAUAAAUACCAGCUGCUGCUCUGUACACAUGCAAGUGUAGACUCCAGUUUCAGUGUUUUCCUGUAAUUCAACUUCUUUAUUUUCUUUAAUUCACAUUGUCAGCUGCUCAGUUUUCUCCCUUUGUCUAGUGUGGUGAGUUGAGAUAUAUUUGAAUUUCAAUCAGAUGGUUGAUAGAAAAAAAAUGAGCAAUGACUGAAAGGCAAAAUCUGGUAAGGCUGUUAUGAGUUAUCCCUGACACAGCUUAACUGAGUAAAGCAAUCCUAUGAGUCGUGUAACUGAAGCCUCACUCUCCCACCAUUCCAACCUUUUAUCUGCUCUCGCUUCAUCAUCUGAUUCCUACGCUUUAUUCAAAUACCCCAUCCUCCAUCUCAAUCCUUUGCUUCUGCAAAACAUCAACAUAAGGAAAACAAUGCAGAGUAAAAUGUUUUUUGGGGUCCAAUUAAGUAAAAGUGAGCCUGUUUGAACAGUCUGAGAGGUAAAAGGGGGUAGGAUUUUAAUUAUCGCCAGAAUUUUCUCCUCCAGCCUCUAAUUACACAGGGGAUCAGUCUGAAGGUUUUUAUAGGUGCUUUAGGACCGCAGAGUAUUUCCUUGUUGUUCAGGCCCAUGCUGGGAUCCUGCCAUCCAGAUGACGACUGAGACUGAAGCGUACAACAAUUUCCAGCCACACAUUUUACUCACUAACAGCUCCUAGCUCUAUCUUUAUCUCUAACUUUAUCUCUCUCACUCUCUCUCUCUCACACACACACACACACACACACACACACACCACACACACAGAUUCAGUAGAGGAUUUUGUGUAGGUACAUAAUGGCAUUAUAAGAUGCUGAAUGUAUUUCAGUAGCAGGUAUGAGUCGGGCAGAUGUGUCUGAAUCUUGACUGAAUCUUGCAACAAGCCUUCUUCGCACUUAUAGCUGAGAAAAGCAGCUCUCUCUUCACUCACUCUCACACAUACACACACAAGUCCUUCUCACUGUGAGAGAUGCUCUGAUGCGUUUACAUUUAGAGGGAAAGAUGCAGGAUGUCAGAGCUGCGCAACACUGUUUAUCUGCUACACCCAUUUUAAACUAAUGCAGAUUCAACAGUUCUAUCUUUGGUUGUAAUGUGUUUGUUGAAACUGUUGUAGAGGUUGAUUUAACGUUAUGUUCAUUUAGCAGGCUGCGGUUUUUAGCGGUGUUUAUACCGGAAGGGGUUUCUAUUAUUUUGUCCACCUCCUUUAUAUCAAUGAGGGUGGGCUAAAAAACACACAUCAAACCUACAUCCUGCAAAAUGAUUAUAAAGUUGUCAGAAAAUAUCGAAAAAUGCCAUCACAAGUUUUUUAAGUUGCUUAGGAUGAAUUGUUUGGUCCUAACAACAGUCAAACAGAAAUUGAGUUUAGUAUCAUAUUAGACAAAGACAAGUAACAAAUCUGCACAUUGCUUAAGCAAUUACUCCAACAAGUAAUCAACUACUACCCAUUUCAGCUCUGUCAGUAGCAGGAUUAAUCUUGCUCCUGUUUCUGUAUAUAUGUUGUAUAAAGUCUGAUUCACCAGGCAUCAAUCUGACACCAAACUGACCAGAGGGGAUUUAAAUAUCACAUGCAAACAGCACUGCAGCAACACAGAAUACAAGAAAUCUUUGAGGUUUCUCAUGUGUGUAUGUGCGUGGAUAAUGGUGUCAGCGACACACAUUUCUUUGCUGCAUUGAAAAUGUAACUGAAUCAAAUCCCCUUCUCUGAGAGAUGAAUGUGUUUGUGUUGAUACAUAUCUAAGCAGAUGAAUGGGAGGCUGUAAGCUGCUUAACCCUGCGCUGACUCAGGACACAUGAAAUUCCUCUGUUCCUUAAGAGAGAGAGGAGCUAUGAUCGACAUAUUUUGCUAUAAAAUAUGUGAGUGACUGAGGAUCAACCACCCAGAAGAUGCCAGUUUAAAGAAGUGUUGUUGUUUUUUUAACUCACACACAUUUUCUUUUGCAAGCAGGAAAAGGGAUUCAGUUCAGAAGUCUUUGUAAAAAAGUGAGAAGCAUCAGCUGGAUGGAAAUGUUUUAACCAUUGUCUACAUCUGGCAUUCGAUAUUUCAUGGAACCAGAGGGAUGAGUUACCAGCUUGGUUUUACAUGUAACAUACAUGUUGUAUCUUCUAAUAAAAAAAUCUAAAAA